AAGAAAGCAAAACCAAAGAAGAAUCACAGCAACACUCCAAACUUGUUUGUUGCCUUCUCAAAGCAACCUCCCCCCACCUUUCACUUCAUCUUCCCCUUCAUUUUUCUCUUUUCUCAACUCUUUAAUCAUCACAAAAUUCAUUCUUAUUUUCGCAGAAAUUUCUGGGUAUUUAUUAAUGUCAAAUUAGUAGCUUCAAUUCUAAGCAAACAACAACAAAGAUGGUGGGUAUUUUUUCUAAGUUCUCUAGCCGAAGUGGGCAUCGAAGAACUCAAAGCGCACUUGAUGUGAGGCAGGCCGCACCACCAAAUCCCGAGGAAACUGGGGCCGAAGCUGCACAAACGGCUGUUGUUCAUGGUAUAGAUUUAGGUGUAGAGUUUAAACCUGUUGAACAUCCAGUUGAGCCUCUUGACAAUGAUAAACCAGUCCAGUGUCCACUGCCAGAACCUUCUAUUCUGAAUGAUGGAAGAAUAUGGAAGGAGCGAGUGUCUGCCGUGCGGAGAAGAUCCGACGUGCCGGUCGCGACAGAAGGAUCAGGGGGCGAUUUGAUUUCUGAAAUAGUAGCCGGUGGUGGUGGGACCACUAAUUCACAGCCUCCUCCUGCUCGGCGGAAUCGGAUGAUGCUACCAUCAAUUAGUGCACCUGAACAUAAUCUUGUUAAUAUGCUAGAAGAAUGCAAGGCUUCCGGUAUGAUCAUAUAGGUAUAAAUAAAUAUACAUGAUGUUACACCCACUGGAAAUGAAUGAAUUCACUUUGUGGCUCAAUCUUUUGAAAAUCAAUACUGAAAACGAUCACUGUGAAUUCACAUCUUUUGUAUGUGAAGGAGUUGGUUCUGCGAUCCAAGUAGUUGGUAAUUUGUCAAACAAACAUACAAGUCCUCAGUGAAGCUGCCAUUGAUGUUUAUUUUGUAACUAAUGUAUUGGAAUGUGGAGCUUAUUUUUAAAAUUAUAUAUGACAAAAUUUAUUGUUGUACGAUUAUUUUUUGUUAUAUAUAUUAUCUUCAUUUUUUCGAGGA